GUUUUAUGAGAUCAUUGAUUGAAAUUUUGAACCAUAAUGCAGGCACAGUAAAAACAUACUUUCUGCAUUGGCUACGCAUAUACUUAGAUAAUAUGUCUGCAGAUCGCUUAUCACAACUUCAUCUCACUUAUCAUCAGGUCUGGACAGCAAUAAUAGAGUUGAAAAAACAAGGUUCUAACACGAUGACCAUUGCUACAAAACAAUCAGAGUUGGAUAAAAUAUCAGAAGAACUUGAUGCCUCUUCAUUUGGAAGUGAUCACGUUUUUAGGGAAGUUGGUCAGAUCUACGAAGCUUCACAGACAACGCCAUCAGUUGAAAAACUCCCAGCUACUUUGCCAAAGAUUUCAGCAGAAAUGAUGAUCUCUGGAUUUCCCCUUGAACUCAUGGAUGGUGAUGCUGCACAUGUCCCUCUCAUUUGGAUUACAUCAAUCUUGGACGGAAUCAUUAAUGAAAUUGGGAACGUGAAGCUGUUUGUUAUAUCAAUACUGGGAAUACAGAGCAGUGGAAAGUCCACGCUACUUAAUGCCAUGUUUGGUCUCCAGUUUCCUGUUGGUAGUGGGAGAUGCACCCGAGGGGCCUACAUGCAGUUAGUGAAGGUGGAGGCAGAGUUCAGUAAACAGCUGGGAUAUGACUUUGUGCUGAUAGUCGACACAGAAGGACUACGUUCUGUAGUGCUGUCAAAUGCAACACGUAGUCAUGACAAUGAGCUGGCAACUUUUGUGAUUGGGCUGGGAAACAUGACUGUGAUCAACAUUUUUGGAGAGAACCCUUCUGAAAUGCAAGACAUUCUACAAAUUGCUGUGCAGGCGUUUCUGAUAAUGAGGAAGGUGAGGUUAUCACCGAGCUGUGUGUUUGUCCAUCAAAACGUAGGAGAAGUGAAUACUGACGAUAAGAACAUGGAGGGAAGGAGACGCUUUCAGGAGAAACUCGAUGAGAUGACCAGCAUGGCUGCAGACUAGGAGCAGUGCGCUGUUGCAUCAUUUGACGCCGUGAUCAGGUUUGACGUGAACUCUCAGAUCCGUUACUUUGCUCAUCUUUGGGAGGGAGACCCUCCGAUGGCUCCGCCAAAUCCAAGCUACUGUAAAAAUAUUAAAGACCUUAAAGAAAUGUUACUUAGAAAUGCGAAAAGAGAAAAAACAGUCAAUGUCUUGAAGAUAUCAGAAUUGAAAGCACGCAUUAAGGAUCUAUGGACGGCUUUGCACGCAGAAAACUUCGUUUUUAGCUUUAAGAACACCAUAGAGAUUGCAGCUUAUACCAAACUGGAAGAAAUGUAUGGAAAAUGGACUUGGGAACUAAGGAGUCAUGUUCUUCAGCAGGAAAACAAACUCUAUAACAGUAUUGAUAAUAAUACAGAUGCAAUGACACGAUCAAAGAUUGAACAAAAGAUUUUGUCAAACUAUCAGGAUAUCAGGAAGAAAAUGGAAGAACAUUUCAAUAGCGCAGAUGAUGCAGAAUUGUUGGUUCAAUGGAAAGUUAAAUUUGAAAAAGGAUUUGAAACAGUGAAAGAAGAGCUGGUAUCUGAUGCUUACAAAAACUACUCUUCCCUGAUGGCUCAAAAAGACAAAAAAAGAAAUCUCGAUCAGCAGAGAUCAAGUUAUGAAGAUCAGCUUAUUAGAAAGAGCAAGGAUUUGGCUUCAGAAUUGAGAGACAAAAAAGUAAAUGAAGAAGAAUGGGACAGGGAUUUUGAUCAAAUCUGGAAAGAGUGGAUUAAAGUGAUAAAAGAUGGUAUGACCAGCCCUGCAAAACUUGAUGUAAAAAGACUAAUUGAAAACCUUAUUUACUCCGUUCAUGCGAAUCAAAUUCAACACCUAAGUACAGUGAUAGGUAACUAUCAUAAAAGGAAAACAUUUGUCGUUAAUAAAGACGAACACAUUAUGAUGAACAGACAUUACUUCGACAUUGUCAGUUACCAUUU